CUUCUAUAAGACAUGGAUAGAUGCAAACAUGUCGGGCGGUUGCGGCUCGCCCAGGACCACUCCAUCCUGAACCCGCAGAAGUGGUGCUGCAGGGAGUGCGCCACCACCGAGUCGGUGUGGGCUUGUCUCAAGUGCUCCCACGUGGCCUGCGGCCGCUACAUCGAGGAUCACGCCCUUAAACACUUUGAGGAGACUGGGCACCCGCUAGCUAUGGAGGUCCGAGAUCUGUACGUGUUCUGUUACCUGUGCAAGGACUAUGUGCUCAACGAUAACCCCGAGGGGGACCUGAAGCUGCUCAGAAGCUCCCUCCUGGCGGUCAGGGGCCAGAAGCAGGACCCGCCGCUGAGGCGCGGCCGGACGCUGCGGUCCAUGGCCUCGGGCGAGGACGCCGUCCCGCCGCAGCGCGCUCCUCAGGGACAGCCGCAGAUGCUCACGGCUCUGUGGUACCGGCGCCAGCGCCUGCUGGCCAAGACGCUGCGGCUCUGGUUCGAGAAGAGCUCCCGCGGCCAGGCGAAGCUGGAGCAGCGGCGGCAGGAGGAGGCGCUGGAGCGCAAGAAGGAGGAGGCGCGGCAGCGGCGGCGCGAGGUGAAACGGCGGCUGCUGGAGGAGCUGGCCAGCGCCCCUCCGCGCAAGAGCGCGCGCCUGCUGCUGCACGCGCCCCGCGCCGCCGCCCCGCGCCGCGGCCCGCGGCGCGCGCCCGCCGGGGGCCCCUCCCCAAACAAGGCGCCCGCCGGGGGCCGCCCCCAGCCGCGCCGCGCGCCCGCCAUAGCGCCGGGCGUCACGGGCCUGCGCAACCUGGGCAACACCUGCUACAUGAACUCCAUCCUGCAGGUGCUCAGCCACCUCCAGAAGUUCCGCGAGUGUUUUCUGAACCUCGACCCUUCCCAGACCCAACAACUAUUUCCCAAGGCCCCCAACGGGAAGGCUCCGCUCUCGGGCAGGCCGGCCGGCAGCUCGGCCACCGAGCUGUCGGCCAGGAGCGACCGGGCUGAGCCGUGCGAGCGGGAGGGCCUCUGCUUCAACGGCGGGGCCUCCAUCAGCAGGAGCCUAGAACUCAUCCAGAACAAGGAGCCGAGCUCGAAGCACAUUUCCCUCUGUCACGAACUGCACACCCUCUUCCGUGUCAUGUGGUCCGGCAAGUGGGCCCUGGUGUCGCCCUUCGCCAUGCUUCACUCCGUGUGGAGCCUGAUCCCCGCCUUCCGGGGCUACGACCAGCAGGACGCGCAGGAAUUCCUCUGUGAGCUGUUGCACAAAGUGCAGCAAGAGCUCGAGUCCGAGGGCACCACGCGCCGGAUCCUCAUCCCCUUCUCCCAGAGGAAGCUCACCAAACAGGUCUUAAAGGUGGUGAACACCAUAUUCCACGGGCAGCUACUCAGUCAGGUCACAUGUGUAUCAUGCAAUUACAAAUCCAAUACCAUUGAGCCCUUUUGGGAUUUGUCCCUGGAAUUCCCUGAACGGUAUCACUGCAUAGAAAAGGGGUUUGUCCCUUUGAAUCAGACUGAGUGCCUGCUCACUGAGAUGCUGGCCAAGUUCACAGAGACAGAGGCCCUGGAAGGGAGAAUCUACGCUUGUGACCAGUGUAACAGCAAACGACGAAAAUCCAAUCCAAAACCCCUUGUUCUGAGUGAAGCUAGAAAGCAGUUAAUGAUCUACAGACUACCUCAGGUCCUCCGGCUGCACCUUAAAAGAUUCAGGUGGUCUGGCCGUAAUCAUCGAGAGAAGAUUGGGGUCCAUGUCGUCUUUGACCAGGUAUUAAACAUGGAACCUUACUGCUGCAGGGACAUGCUCUCCUCUCUUGACAAAGAGACCUUUGCCUAUGAUCUCUCCGCAGUGGUCAUGCAUCACGGGAAAGGGUUUGGCUCAGGACACUACACAGCCUAUUGCUACAACACAGAGGGAGGUUUUUGGGUCCACUGCAAUGACUCAAAGCUGAAUGUAUGCAGUGUCGAGGAAGUGUGCAAAACUCAAGCCUACAUCCUUUUUUACACUCAAAGAACAGUUCAGGGCAAUGCAAGAAUUUCAGAAACCCAACUCCAAGCUCAGGUGCAGCCCAGCAACAACGAUGAGGGCAGACCACGGACCUUCCCCUGAAUGGGAGGCAUGUAUCAAGGACUGGCUUGCUUUUAAACUGUUGGUGUUCAUACAUCUUUCCUCUUAUAGGAAAUAAGGUUUAGUGCAGGAACAGAUUGCUAGGUUUGCCUCACUGGGACUACAGCAGAAGGUGCCAGGUGACUUCCUAUCCUAUCCUAAAAUCUGUAGUCACCUUUCUUUUGAAUGGAUUUGGGAAUUCCCUCUUUGAUAAAUCAAAAGGAGUAACUUC